UUUGAGGAAGUACUCUUCCUCUGUUUAAGUGAGGAUGGUGUUAUGUGUCAGAUCUCUGAACAAACACAAUCUUUUGUCAUCAAGUGCAGAAGUAAACUAUUGAUGGAUAUAGACAAACAAGAAAUGAAAUAUAAGAGAACUCAAUUACAGCACUGAAUAAUUAUAUAUUGAGCUAUAUACUACUCUGCCUCACUGAUACCUAUAAAUUUGACCCCUACCACUGCUGUAACACAUGACAUCUUGUUCGGUGGACUGAUUGACAAAUUGCUCAGUGUGCCAGAGCCAUGUGUAUUAUACCAACUUCUGAAAAUGCACAUGUACUGCAGACAAAUUACUGGCUUUUCUUUGUUGUCUUAAGUUCACAUACGAUAAGUUACGUCGAAGUUACGUGGGGAUCCCCUGAUAAAUAGAACAGAUCUCUCUCUGUUAUCGUUGGGUGCAAAUUAAACGAGGUAGGAUUCCAUGUAAUUAAAACAAUGUAAAACACAUCACAAGAUGGGGUUCAAGGUGCCCAUGCAGUUUCAGCUAAUGGAGUAGGACUUCCACGUUCUAUUUUCCAGGAUUUAAUUAUUUAUGUAUGUUAUAUGAGAGUCGAUCCGGUAUACAAUUUCUUCACAUUUUGGUGAUGCACCGUAAUACAUCAGUGAAAAUUUCGUUACAAGGAUUCAAUAAAUGAUGACUGGUAAACACCGGCAAUAGCCUACUACACAGAUUGUAGAAGAAGAGAAGUUUUUGACAUUCCACGAAUUCUCAUCUCCGGAAUCUCUUCAUGAUCGAGUCAAAAUCACACGGUUAUACAGGACAACAGAAUUCAGUGCAAGUGACAGGGUGUAAAUCCGGCCGAUCCAGAGACAGGAAGGUUUACGAUGAACAGGAAGUGGUUCAGUACGAUGCACAGUAAUGUGGUUAUGACUCCCUGAAUGUAGGACAUAUAGCAAGUAGAAAUGUGAGCUGUUUUUGAUGGAGAUUUGAAGAAUUAUAAGUGGAUUAAAAUGUUCACUGCCGUCAAAACGGACCUGGAUGUGACAGGUUGCAAAGUAUUAUAAAUCGAUUCAGAUGUGAUUUGUGUGUACUUACAGUUUAGAUACUUCUGGAUGACAAAGAUUUUGUUUUUGAAUGUGUUUUUUUGUGUCAUCGUGAUCAUGUGAUCAUUUUUAGCUGAAAAUUAUUGUAGCAAGUGCAUCAACAUGGAUAAAUUUGGAGUGCAGUUGAAAUCCACCGGAUUACCAAGUUCUCGAGAGAAAGAGAGAACAAAGCAGACUACUGUUCGAAAAAAUCAACCUUCAAAUUUGAAAGAUAUAAAGAAUAUGUUUGAGGGCAACUCCGAUGGAAGUAAAGAUUCAUUGAGUGCUCCACUUUCCAUGGGAACAGACUUUAAAAGUAGGACGUUCACAACACAAAAAACGUCAGUCAAAAAACACACCAGUUCGAAAAGUGCAAAAGAUGAGGAUGAGCUUGCCUUGUUUUCUCAAUUCAAAUUUAGUAUAGAUGCAAAUAAAAACACAACUUUGGAGAGAACUAACAGUUCUGACAGUUGUCACAGUGUAGGGAGUCCCCGGGGCCCCAGGAAACUACACACUGAGGAUGCCGCCACUGCUGAACCACAGAUGGUGAAGUCUAAGCUCAUGUCCUCUAAAACCUUCCAGGCCUCUGUUGAUAGCAAAGUCCACAGACUUAAUUCCAAUGAGGAAGCCACUGUCACACCUGUGGAUAAAAAGAUGGCUACUUCUGCCCUGAUAGGAAAUUUGGCAAUCUUGCGAACUCUUCCAGGAGGUGGGAAAAAAUUGGAAACACCUACUCCAUCUGUUCAGAGUGACAUGUCCAAAGCAAAUGGAAUCUCCAACGAAAAGUCUAGUCUAGUGAAAGAAAAGAAAACAUCAUCCAAUGAUAACGUGAGUUUGAGUAAAGACGUGGGCCCAGUGACAAGUGUGUCAAAGGCAAAGGAAUUCUCUGUUACCAAAUUUACCAGUAAAUCUUCUGAUGCAAGUAAGUUAGAUAAGGAAAGUAAAACUAAGGAAUUCAGGGCUUCUUUGAGUCCCAAAGCAUGUGACAAGAGAGGCCAGCAUGAAUUUGGAUUGGCUUCUACUAAGAAACCAGAGGUUGCUGUGUCGUCUGUACCAUUGCUAAGUCGUCAGUCUAGCACCGACUCCUCCACCUCCGAGAAAUCAAGUCCGAGGUCCUCACUGAGAGGUAAGAAUAAAUUAAAACUGGACCAGUCAUUAGGAUCAGACACUGGAUCGUCCGGAAGCGUGAGUCCCAGGAUGAAGUCUCUCAGUCCAGAUGGAAAAACAGACGAGAAACCGGAGUGGAUGGAGAAGAGCAAAGAACUUGUUAACAAGUUCCACACCAAAUUAAAGAAACCUGUGAUUUCCGAGUUUUCGGUGACUGCUAGUAGUGUCACUGGAGAUACUAAUAAAUCUUCCACAUCAUCCUCAUCCACGUGGACUCCAAAAUCCACAUCUCCACAGAAAACUGACACUGUUACAAACACUUCUUCCACCUAUACCAAAGCUACUGUCUCGAGAACUAGUUCAGGUAGAAAGAGUGAUUCCUUGGGAUUGAAAGAGCCCAUGUUUAACAAGGAUGCAAGUAGCAGUAAAGAGUUUCUGGAGAAGUUCGCAAAGAGCAAAGAUUCAAAAGAAGGGUCAGAAAAACAAUUAUUGUCCCGUAAAACUAGUUCAGAACAAUUUCAGAAACUUAAAGUAGGCUUUGAACAUUCAGACGAUGCUUCUAAAUCUUUGAAUCUAAAACCCAAAAUUGAAGUGCCAAACUCGAGUCAGUUUUUAGAAAGAAGAAAUUCGUUUGAAAAACCUAAACCAACUGAGGUUAGCAAGUGUAAAACUCUAAAGAACCUGAAGAAUGAGGGGAAAAUCUUGGGUGUAAAGGAUAGAAUCAGCGCUCUGAACCAAGGGAAGGGAGAGGUGGUGGACGAAAGGUUCAAACAUACAAGAAAAUCUUCAGAAACAUCCAGAGAGUCGGACCAGGAAUAUCAUGAUGUGGCAGUGAAUCCGACCGCUGCCCCAAAUGACUGGCCUUCAGACAGUGACAGCAGUAAUGAGAACAUGUAUGAGUACAUUCCAGCCACUGAUCCUGUCAAACAAACAGAGGAAUUACCAGAAUCUCGUCUCACCCGAAAACCGGGACAAAAAAGCCCUUCUAGCAUUAGGAAGGGAAACAAUCGGCCGAGUUUUGUCCCAUUGUCCAGUGUGGACAGUUCAUCUGAGGUCACCACUGAGGGCAGCAGCAAGGAGGGAACACUGGAAAGCACAGAGGAUGGUACUGGUAUAGAGGCAGAUGUGGAAGAGUAUGAUUCUGAUGGAAGUGGAAGUUCCGGGAUUUACGAGCCAAUAGAUCCCGACUGGGAAUCCCACAAACCUAUCUUAGAUUCUGCAGGACAGGAAGAACCUCCCAAUUUGCCACCAGGUAGAGGGCGCCACAAGAAGAAAGACGGCAAGACCAUUGGUAAAAAAUUGAAAAAAUUCAAAGAAAAACUUGGUUCAAAUACCACUAAACAGAAUGAAGGGAGUCUUCCCAAAGUGUCAUCGACAUCUUCCAUCACAUCAAAUAGCUCAUCUUCAGGAUUGUUAAAGAAAGUAGGCAAAAUCAUGAAGAAAUCGAAAGUGAAUGGAAGCCAGCAGAAAAAUGAUUAUGAUCCCGAGGAAGUGCGGGUGUGUAACAGUGAGAAUGACUCCAGUGAUAUUAACGAGGAUAUAUACGAGGAUGAACCUGUUCAGUUACGUGCUCACAUUGGUUCAUCUGGUGGUGAAGAUAAUUCUGGCUCAGACAUUUAUGAACAACAUGGUGAACUUGACAGCAUAGAACGAAUUCCCCCUCGACCCCCACCCCUACCCCCAGUGGCCCCACCAGUUCCUCCUGUACCCCCCAGGUUAUCCCUUCCCCCUGUGCCAGACAAACAAAAUGUGCCACCGCCACGCCUCCCAUCCACAGGGAAAGUAAUUUCACCAGGGGAGGAUACUCCUGCUCUCCCUCCUAGGAACAGGAUAUCGGGGAACAUCAAUCUGGACAUGGUGGUUCCCAUCAGCCCAGGGCGCUCGGGACCAUCAUGGCACCCACCCGCAGAAAGCUACUUACAUGGGCACAAUGUGAAGGGGUCAAAUUUCAAUGAUCAUGUUGAUGGUGGUGGAUCCAGCAGUUCUUCAGAUGAAGCACAGGGUGGCAUGAUCAAGAAACCUGACUGGGACUACAUUGAACCUGACCCCCCAGUCAAAGGUCGUGGCACGGUGAUAAGACAAGAUUCCGUCCCACAGGAACCAGCUCCACCCAUUCCACCGCCUCCUGUCAUGCGAAACAGAGAGAAGGAACCCCUCGACAAGAGACCUUCAUCGGGGUAUGCAGGAUUUAAGGAGACCCCACAGAACUCAGUUACUGCCCCUUUUGAUGACCUGAUUAUCUACAAACGACACCUGGAUAUCAAAGAAAUUGAAGACGAUAUAGUAUAUAUAGACAUGAGUGAUGAUCAGCUCUAUGGGACCCUGGAUAGAAGAUUUACAUCGAAAUUUGAGUCAGAACCACUCUACCAGUGUUACCAUAGAGACAUGGUUUCAAGGUCAAGUCGGAGACACACAGAGAUGACAACAGUCAGUGAAGAUGAAGAUGAGGAACCAGUUCAAAUGACCAAGCCAGAUCGCGGGGAGCGGAUCUAUGAGGCAGUAGAGGAUAUUGACGAGACUCCAAAAACCAAGAAGUUGUCUACCUUGGAGAUGUUCGGGAAAACUGGGUCUGUGUUACGGGCUUUGUGGGCGGAAAUGCCAGAGGUGAAAGAAAGUGGAGCUCUGGAGAAAGUGUCGCCACACGAAAGAAAGAUCCAGGAGGCUAUGUUUGAGAUUAUCACAUCGGAGGCUUCCUACUUGAAAAGUUUGAAUGUCCUGAUAGAUGUAUUUCUGAUGUCUCAAGAAUUCUCAUCCGAGCACUCGGACCGUUGUGUGAUCACGCGAAACGAACGACAUGUGCUGUUCUCAAACAUUGGAUCAGUGAGGGACAGCAGUGAAAAUUUUCUUUAUGACCUGGAGGCCAGCUGGCAAAAGUCGGUCUUCCUGGAAGAUAUCUGUGAUAUUAUUUAUAAACAUGCUGCCAACAAGUUUGACUGCUACAUUCGGUACUGUACCAAUCAAACAUUCCAGGAGAGAGCCACUCAAGAACUGCAGAAGCGGCCUGAGACGGCGGAGGUAAUCAGACGUUUAGAGAGGAUUCCUGCAUGCCAGGGUCUCCCGAUGAUCUCCUUCCUUCUGCUACCGAUGCAGAGAAUCACACGGCUCCCUCUACUGGUAGAUGCAAUCUGUCAUCGACUGGAUCCAGACACACCAAAACACAAGUCAGCCUGUAAAGCUUUGGAUGCAUUAAACAAGGUUGUCAAGAAAUGUAAUGAUGGAGCCAAGCGAAUGCAGCAAACUGAACAAAUGUGUCAUUUAGCCCGCAACCUAGAGUUCAGGGUGAAAGAAAUCCCACUCAUAUCAGCGUCUCGGUUUCUGGUCAAACAAGGGGAGCUAACUCGUAUUGUGACAGAUUCUACAAGUCGGAUUCCUUUUGGGAAGAGAGCUUCUAGCAAACAGCCAAUCUACAUCUACUUGUUUAAUGACUUACUGAUUGUCUCCAAGCGAAAAAAAUGUAGGAGUUCUUACUCGUUUACUCCCCAGAAUAUAUCCCUAUUGUUUAACAGCACGUACGUGGUGACAGACUACGCCAAGAGAAAUGCCCUCCACGUGGAGAAUAUCGACACCCCGGAGAAAACCAAGCUUUUGCCCAAUGGGGUCCCCAGCGGUAUCAAAAAUCUAUUUAUAGUAGCACUGCUGGAGAACCACGAACAGCGUCAGGUGGAAAUGGUACUCAGCUGCAAAUGUCCGAGUGACAGAACGCGAUGGAUCGAUGCCCUCUCACCCACAGCUAAAGAAUCGGACAGUGAGAAGAUUUAUGAAGAAUGGGAUUGUCCACAAGUGCAGUGUAUCAAGCGAUUUAACGCCACGGAACCAGAUGAAUUAGGUUUAGAAGAAUCCGAUGUGGUCAAUGUCUUCAAGAAAAUGGCAGAUGGUUGGUACGAGGGAGAAAGGAUUCGUGAUGGAGAGAAGGGAUGGUUUCCCUCAGAACACACCGAGGAGAUUAUGAACUCGCACGUGAGAUCGAGAAAUCUCAGACUGAGAUACCGACUCAUGCUAGCUUCACAGGAAUACAGCAAUGCCAAUGUUCAGGGCGGAAUGAUCAAAACCUGAGAUACUGAACUUUUUCGUGUGGAUGAUGAUGAAAUAGACCUGUAUGUGGGUGUACCGCCACGACAGACUGAAUGGGUAGAAUACUUAUAACACUUACCCCUGGUUACUACAACAUGACUGAUAUUUCUGUGUUUAAUCCUACAACUGCCGGGUUAGACGACAAGACAUUGUGUGGGAUAUUAGACGAGAGCCUGCUGAUUUCAAUAUUCUCUGUGAUUCUGGAACCUAUGGUGCUUAUAAUUUGUAUUUACUAUUACGUCACAAGCAUGAAAAUAUCAACUUGAGGAGAAUUGCAUUGUGUUAUUUUUGAUAACAUGGAUUAUGGAUAUCAAGCGAUCAGGUAUGCACCCUGGGAAACUUCUUUUUUUAAACUGUGUCUGCAACAAAGAGGCCAAAGACAUGUCUGCCAAAGAUUUUCAUAUGGAUGGCAGGCUAAAUAGUGCCACAUAUAUCGUGUAUCACUUUCCACUUCAAGGAAUACGGACAUUUCCAUAGCUAAUAUGUUACCUGGUCUGAAAGACCCCAUUGUGUGUAUGUUGUGUCGUAUAUAAACUGUAAAUGUAUGCACCUUUAACCAAAUUAUGUGAUAAUAUGGGCAGAACUUGUUUUUAUUUGUAAGUUGUUUCAUACCGAAGAUUUGUAUUAUUGUCAUUGUAUACUCAGUAUUGUGAUGAGAGAUUUAGAUUUGCUCACUAGCCAUCGUUUCCUGGAAUGCUACUUUAGUAUGACUGGGGCGUUUCCCACAGUGGACGUAAGUUUUAGUCAUUGUUAUAUUUUACUGUUUCACAUGUGAGUUAACAUUCCGUGUCUGUGGCUGUUAUGAGAGAUUUCCCUAGUCAUAAUCAUUUCUGUGUUUUAAUGGUAUGUGUGGUACAGAAGGAAAACCAAGCUUUUAAUUGUAACGGAGAAACUGUUUAAAUCACCGUUAUCAGUGUAUUUUAUCUGUGUGUGUGGUGGAUGUUUUAUGACAGGCUUUUAAAGUAAACUUUGUAUAUGCCAUUACUCGACAGUUGAAGAAUCAUGCAUGUAAACUUUUGAAGGUGCUUUUAAUAUUUCCAUCCGAUUUUAGAAAGAGAGAAAUUCAACAGAUAUACAUGCAUAUCUAUUUCAUUCUGAUUUCUAAUACCAUAUGUCAUUAUGCUUGAUAUUCUGGGGGUUUCUCUUUUGGCUUCUAGAUUUCUGGAAAGCAUAUUCACCAUCCUCCAUACACUACUCUUAUCGUAUCAUUAUGAUUAAUGCAGACUCAGUCUUCAUCCACUAUACUGGCAAUAUUCUACUUUGUGUAUUAAAAGCUUUUUAUUUCUUAUAUUUUAAAUAUCUGUUUUUUUAUGACAUGGAAUAAAAUGCUAUUACGAAACAUG